AUGACCCAGAUUGCUGAUUUGAAUGGGGGUCCAGAGGUCCCUGGUGGCCCGGAAGACCCUCUACGGCGGACAGGCCGGUUCUUUGGGGGCCUGGUACGCGACAUCAAGCGCCGCUACUCCCACUACCCGAGUGACAUCACAGACGCGUUCAGCCCCCAGGUCCUGGCUACCGCUAUCUUCAUCUACUUUGCUGCCCUGUCACCGGCCAUCACCUUCGGCGGCCUCCUGGGAGAAAAGACCUUUAACCACAUGGGGGUGUCGGAGCUGCUCAUCUCCACUGCGGCCCAGGGCAUCAUCUUCUCCCUGCUCGGGGCUCAGCCGCUGCUGGUGGUUGGCUUUUCAGGACCCCUGCUCGUGUUCGAGGAAGCCUUUUUCUCGUUCUGCAGCAGUAACAACCUGGAGUACAUCGUGGGCCGCGUGUGGAUCGGCUUCUGGCUCGUCCUGCUAGUGGUGCUCAUUGUGGCCUUCGAGGGCAGCUUCCUGGUCCAGUUUAUCUCCCGCUACACCCAAGAGAUCUUCUCCAUCCUCAUUUCCCUCAUCUUUAUCUCUGAGACCUUCUUCAAGCUGAUCAAGAUCUUCCAGGACCAUCCACUGCAGAAGGAUUAUGACUACAAUGUGACAACAGUGCCCAAACCUCAGGCUCCCCUGCCCAACACAGCCCUCCUCUCCCUUGUGCUCAUGGCUGGCACCUUCUUCUUAGCCAUGAUACUGCGCAAGUUCAAGAACAGCUCCUACUUCCCCGGCUGGCUGCGACGGGUCAUCGGAGACUUUGGGGUUCCCAUCUCCAUUCUGAUCAUGGUCCUGGUGGAUUUCUCAGUCAAGGACACCUAUACCCAGAAACUCAGUGUGCCUAAAGGCCUCUCGGUGUCCAACUCCUCGGUCCGGGGCUGGAUCAUCCACCCUCUGGGCUUGUAUUCGCCUUUCCCCAUCUGGAUGAUGUUUGCCUCCGUCCUGCCUGCCCUCCUGGUUUUCAUCCUCAUCUUCCUUGAGUCCCAGAUCACCACGCUGCUCAUCAGCAAACCAGAGCGCAAGAUGGUCAAAGGCUCUGGAUUCCACCUGGACCUGCUGCUAAUUAUCGGCAUGGGCGGUGUGGGUGCCCUCUUUGGGUUGCCCUGGCUCAGUGCCACAACCGUGCGAUCCAUCACCCAUGCCAACGCGCUCACCGUCAUGGUCAAGGACAGCACCCCGGGGGCUGCACCCCAGAUUCAAUCGGUCAGGGAGCAGCGGAUCAGCGGGCUCCUGGUCGCUGUGCUCGUGGGUGAGUAA